ACUUGUUGCUUGUCCUAUCCCAGAAUGUUUUCAAAUUUUAGCUCCGUCUAGUAACGGACCUAACGGUAACCACCGCUGCCACGUCCUUUCCUCUUCCCUCCAUAUCUACUUUUUUUCUUCGAUUCCUCCAUUUUCACACACCUUCUGAAUCAUCAAAGCACACAUUUAAUUUAUCAGUCCCUAAUUUAUUUAAUCAAAAGUACAACAUGGAAAAGGAAAAAGAAAAUAAAAUUCAUCUAUCAUGUCACACAAUAUUUUGAAAUGAGAUUGAUAAUUUAGUUAUACUGUAACUUGAUUCGAUUGAUUAACAAAUUAACAAAAAUGUGGAGGAGCUUUUUAAUCAAACACGUUUUGUCCGCCGCCUCUCCGCCACGGACGGCGCCUGUGGUGGCCACUGUGACUCAUCCGAUUCGCUGGUCAAUUCAGCAACCUAACUGUUACUCUCUUUUUAAUUUUAAUUUUUCGUCCGUGUCAUCAUCUUCGUCUUCCAAUGGUGAAAAGAAAGCGGACAGUGAUGAAGAACAAGGCGGCGGCGGUAGUGCGACGGAGAACAUAACGUGUGGGGAAGUGAAGAGGCUGAUGAGGUUAGUGAACGUGGAGUCGUUGAAAAUGAAGCUGGGAAUGGAAGGUAAAGAAAUAAUAACGUAUUCGGAACUGAUUAAAGAAUGUGAAAAAACAGGAGUAGCUAGAUCUAAAGAGGAAGCGAUUGUGUUUGCUCGUGUUCUUGAUGAUGCUGGUGUUAUUCUUCUUUUUCGUGAUAAAGUUUAUCUUCAUCCCGAUAAGGUGGUAGAGCUAGUUAAAAAAGCAAUGCCCCUGGCGCUGAUGGCUGAAGAUGACCCGAUAAGGGAGGAGCUAAGGACACUACAAGAUUGUAAAGAAAACAUAGACAUACUAGCACAUAAGCAGGUUCGACGUAUUCUUUGGGGUGGUCUUGGGUUAGCUGUGAUGCAAAUUGGACUAUUCUUUCGACUAACAUUCUGGGAAUUUUCAUGGGAUGUAAUGGAACCUAUCGCAUUUUUUUCCACCACAACUGGCAUAAUUGUAGGUUAUGCCUACUUCUUGAUCACUUCAAGAGAUCCAACUUACCAAGACUUUAUGAAGAGGCUGUUCCUCUCCAGGCAGAGAAAGUUAUUCAAGAACCAGAACUUUGAUGUUGAGAGAUUUAAGGAAUUGCAAAAGAAAUUAAAGACACCAUUGGAUGCCAAUGCCACUAUAAAAAAUCGAGUCGGAAUGGAAUUGGAGCUUGAGGAUGCCAUACACAAAGACUAACUUUUCUCGAGCUUAACCUAGUUUUUGCAUAUUUUAUCAGAACCUUAUAGGGUAACCUUUACAAGUCCCUCCCAUUUUCUUGAAGGUUGGGCAGACAUUUUAACUCCUGACCGGUAUACUGAGUCUACCUCUCAAUCAGUGGAUACUUGUUAUAACUUAUAAUGAUAUGAAGGGCAUUAGGCAGGGUGGCGGGUCGCCUCCCUAACGGCUUUCAUUUUCUGAUUCCACUGUAUUUCUAUUUUUGAUUCCUUGAAUCAUGUUGUAAUGCUACAGCAAAAUACUCUUCAAAAUUUUGACUAUUGGAUACCGAAAUUUCUUUGA